CGGCAGACCGCUUGCAGUGACUCUCGGACGAGACUAGUCAGCACUCUGAAGAACCACCAUCUUCUUCCUGGAGGAAUCUGCAUUUACAACUCAUCGCCAUCCAAACAUGAGAUAGGAAGAUACGUUCACCCGACAGUGGGCGGGCGUAGAAGAACUAUUUCUAAUAAGCAGGCAAGCUCCCAAAGCAAAAAAAGCACAUCGACUUCAGCUCUGCCUUACUCACUUCUACCAUUCUCACGUCUUUGGGAACAACUGAAGCGAGACCAAGCAACAUUUGUAACUUCCAUCUGAUAACGCGGCUGGAGUGGGGGACCUCUAUAUUUUGUGGAGGGUUAAGGAAACAAUGGAUCAUAUAGGGGCCCAUCAUAUCCACCAGACCCACGCCGAGCCCAUAAGUUUUGGAAUCGAUCAAAUUUUGAACAAUCCGGAUCAGGGGAGUUGCAUGAUUUCUAACUCUAGGCUGCAAGAUUCUGACUAUGGUUUGGGAUGCAUCGUGAGCAGUGCCUACAACACAAUGACUGGCAAUUACAACACCAGCAAUACAGGAGGAUACAAUAGCAGCGCCUGUAGCAUGGCACCUUUGAAUGGGUCUUACAAUGUGAACAUGGGCAUGAACAUGAAUGGGAAUAACCUGAAUUCGGCAGGGGUUAUCCGUGUGCCAGCGCACAGACCACUAAGUAGCGUUCACCAGCCAAUUUCUACCGGUAUGCCUACAGUGCCAAGUAUGGGCAGCAUGAACAGUAUGAAUAAUCUCACGGGACUGACAUUUCCCUGGAUGGAAAGUAACAGAAGGUACACGAAAGACAGAUUCACAGUGGCACUCUCACCCUUCACUGUAACACGCCGUAUAGGUCACCCAUACCAGAAUCGGACGCCACCAAAGAAGAAAAAGCCAAGAACUUCGUUCACUAGGCUCCAGAUCUGUGAACUAGAGAAGAGGUUUCAUCGGCAGAAGUACCUAGCGUCUGCUGAAAGGGCGGCCCUGGCAAAGGCACUUAAAAUGACAGAUGCCCAAGUCAAAACAUGGUUCCAAAACAGAAGGACAAAAUGGAGACGACAAACCGCGGAGGAGAGAGAAGCUGAAAGACAGCAAGCCAAUCGGAUCCUGAUGCAACUGCAGCAAGAAGCCUUUCAGAAAACUUUAAACCAGCCAGUGCAACCGGACCCUAUUUGCCUUCAUAACACAUCCUUGUUUGCUCUCCAGAACCUUCAGCCCUGGAGUGAUGAUUCGGGAAAAAUUACCAGCGUAACAUCCAUUGCUUCCUCCUGUGAAUAGAAAAUCAUUUCAUCCCUCAUCCCCCCUACCGUCCAAGCUCGAUUGCAAUAGAAUCGUGAAACAUAUCUGAAUAAAAGUUUCUUGCGAAACUCGACUGAAAGACUAUAUGUAACGGAGCACAUGUUCAUGCAGAAGAAUUUCACAUAUACGCCCUUUUGAUUAAAAUGACUCUCAGCAAAAAAAAAAGAACGAUUAAUACGUUGGCUCAAUAACGAACCUCUUAUUUUUACUAUUUGACGAAAACUGCCUUGUGUUGGACAGAAAACACACUUCGCUUCAGAAACAUUGUGAUGUGAUUUUAUGCAAUGACUUUUUUAUCUGCACUGUUAUCGCAUCUUUUUGCAGUUUUUUCUUUUAUUAACUACCUUUCUUUGAUAAGUUCGCGAAAGCUUAACUGUUCGGAAAUUGCCGAGAGACAUAUUUUCUAGUCUAUUAUGACUUGAAAUAUAACCGAGACUUACCUACAGUAUUUUUUUUACUCCACUUAAUGAAGGGAAUGGAGCGACACUGACAACUCACAAUCUGCCGCAAGUAUUGAUCACACCAUCAGUUUUAAUUCCCCCACUUUCUGAGUUAUAUUGAGUUUUUUCUACACUAAUAUGAUUUAUUUUUUACGUUAGUUCAGAACACCAAUAGUGCUCGUGUUUAGAUUUAAAAAAAUAAAAUGUGUUAGAACUGGCAAAACUCACACUACCCCAAUAAGCUUUUUGAU